CUGGGAGAGCACGUCACCGCCGCCGUUCUGCCGGUUUGAUCUUGGCGGGCCCGAUGCGGGCCGCGGGGCGGCGGGCGUUUGCUUCGCCUACCCUGGAGCCCUGGUUUUCCCUCGAAUGCAGGUCCGGGUCCCGGCCCUCCUCGCGCUCCUCCUCGGUCCUCAUGGCGGACGCCCGAGGGCAGGGGCUGGAGACGGUGUCGGUGUGCUCGUUGUCGCCGCCGCCGAGCUACAGCAAUUCCACAAUGUCGCUGUUGUCUCCUCUCGGCCACCAGAGCUUCCCUUUUGACGACGACGGUGGUGAGGGGGAGGAUGAGGACGACGUGGACCCAGAUGCUCAUGACUCAGAGGCCAAGGUGGCAAGCUUGAGAGGAAUGGAGUUACAGGGGUGCGCCAGUGGAGCUGAAUCAGAAAAUAACCAAGAAGAGAAACAGACAGGCUUACCAGAAGGCAGCCUGACACCCUGGGAAAUCUGGUUUGUUGGCAAAGAAAAAGGAGAACGUGACCGUCUGCAACAGAAAGCUCAGGAGGAAUUGAAUCAACAGCUAGAAAAAAGAAAAGAAGUGGAAGAACGUGAAAAAAAGAAAGUAAUUGCUGAAGAAAAACACAAGGAAUGGGUGCAGAAAAAGAAUGAGCAGAAAAGAAAAGAAAGGGAACAGAAAGUUAAUAAGGAAAUGGAGGAAAAAGCAGCAAAGGACCUGGAGAAAGAACAUAUGCAAGAGAAAGCGAAAGAAAAAUAUCAAGAAUGGUUAAAGAAAAAAAAUGCUGAAGAAUGUGAGAAGAAGAAGAAAGAAAAGGAAAAAGAAAAACAACGGCAAGCUGAAUUACAGGAAAAAAAGGAAAUAGCAGAAAAAAAGUUUAAGGAAUGGUUGGAAAAUGCAAAAAAUAAACCUCGUCCAGCUGCAAAGAGCUAUGGUUAUGCCAAUGGAAAACUUACAGGUUUUUAUAGUGGGAAUUCUUAUCCAGAGCCAGCCUUUUAUAACCCAAUUCCAUGGAAACCAAUUCAUAUGCCUCCUCCUAAAGAAGCUAAGGCUCUAUCAGGAAAGAAGACCAAAAAGCCUGUGAUAAGUCAGCCACACAGGUCUUCAUCUCUGGUAAUUCAUAAAGCCAGAAACAAUCUUUGCCUUGGAACUCUGUGCAGAAUACAAAGAUAAUAUAUAUGAGAAAUUGCAUGCUUUUACCCAGAACUGUUUAAUUUUAAAAUCAAAUCUUUUUUUUAUUGCUUAGUCAGUAGCUUAACAUUCAAUGUGAUUAUUGACAAGUGCAAAUUUUUGCAUUUGUAUAUGGAGUCCUUAGAGUUAAUGAAGAAGACAUAUUAUACAUUUUCAUUUUUAUAAAUGCUUCAAAGUUGAUCUUGGCAUAUUGUUUCAAAGGAUAAGUGAUUGAUUAUAUGAUAAUUGUGUUUGUGUAUAACAUUUAUUAAAACUACAUUGUAAUACCCAUAAAACCAACAGUUUUUCUUGUGUUAUUUCAUAAUUUGUGUUGUCUGUGUUUUUAUUUAUGAACAUAAUAAGAUCAAUAUUAAAUUGUUCAAACUGGCAUUUCUAAAUUGCAUGCUCAAGAUAACUCUUAGAAGAAUGUGUUAGAAUCCUGCAGUAAUGAAAACAGUAAAUAUUUAAAAAUAACUAACUGGAAGAAUAUUUUGUAACAAAGAAAUGAGGGUUGGGUUUUUGAAAGGAAAAUUUAAAAACAUUGUGCUUUGGACCUUAGAUUGAUAUGUAGUAAUCUUGAAAACCUAAUAUAUCUUGCUGUACUUUGUAAAAAUACUUAUAUAGUCAUUAUGAUUAGUUUCAUUGUUCAUUUUGAAAUUAGGAUUAUCAGUGCGUUAUUUUUUAAUGUUAAGUCAUAUUUUACUGAAGUUGAGAUCACAGACCUUACUAAUACAUACUAAGCAUAGUAGUUCAAAGGAUUACUAAAAUAUAAGCAC